UUAAACAUUAAUUUUGAAAAUAGGUCAUGGACCCAAGCGGUUCUCCCAAUAAGAUUUGGGGGACUGGGUGUUCGCACAUCGUCUAGCGUGGCUUUACCUGCUUUUCUGUCCUCUGCUUACGGUUCGCUUUCUCUCGUCGGCAUUAUCUUAAACCGUUCCACGAUGCUUGACGAUGAGAUAGCGAACCUGAGGGAGGCCAGAGAGGCAUGGUGUGAGUCGUGUCCGAGUGCGGACAUCCCAGUUGCCCGCCACUGUCAGCGGGAUUGGGACUCCCCACGUCUCAAAAUAGCCCAUGCCUCACUAAUUGACCAAAGUCCAGACGAUUCUGAACGUGCGCGCAUCCUUGCAGUUUCAGCCCCCGAGUCGGGCCACUGGCUGCAAGCUCUACCAUCGCGAGCGAUUGGCACUAUUCUGGAUCCAAGCAGCUUAAGGAUAGCAAUAUGCUUGAGGCUUGGGUCCAGAAUAUGUGUUCCGCAUACCUGCGUCUGCGGCAAGGACGUGGACCGGCUGGGCCGACACGGCCUCUCAUGUUCCCGAAGCGCCGGCCGAAUGUUCCGCCACGGCACAAUCAACGAUUUGGUCCGUCGCGCGCUUGCCACCGUCUCCGUGCCUGCGGUGUUGGAACCCGUGGGCAUGACAAGGGACGACGGCAAGCGGCCCGAUGGAGCGACGUUGGUGCCGUGGAAACUCGGAAGGACCCUGGUGUGGGACGCAACGUGUGUAGACACUUUUGCUCAGUCCCAUAUUCAGGGGACUCGCAUUCAGGCCGGAGCUGCGGCUGACCAGGCCCAAAUUCUCAAGCGCCGUAAAUACUCGUCGUUGCUCAACGACUACGAGUUUGCGGCGCUCGCAGUUGAGACUUUGGGUCCCUGGUCGGCCGAUAUGAAAUCAUUCAUGGGGGCACUGUCGGCACGGCUGGUCGACACCACAGGGGACCCCAGGGCUGGCGCGUACCUCUGUCAACGUAUCUCACUUGCGAUACAAAGAGGUAACGCCGCCAGUGUCAUGGGGUCCAUGCCGCAAGCAGACCUACUGGAAGGGGUAUUUUCUUUGUAACUAGGUUAUUACUGUAGGUAGGUAAAUAUUUUUAUAUGUGUGUAGGUAUAGUUUGUUAUGUAGUUUUAUUUAUUUUUAGAUUUAACUUUAGUUUUAAUAGUAUGUUUAAUCUACAAUGUA